CGUUAGUGCGGGUCCCCGCCCGGCAGCUGGUCCGCGCGCGCGCCGCGCUGCUGCUGGCCGCGCCCGCGCUGCGCGUCGCGCGCCAGGCCGCCUCGCUGCAGGCGCUCCUCUAAUACCAUACACAUACAACUAUACAGACGCACUGGUGAUGUCGGUGUCGCGGGUGUCGUGCGGGCCGGGCGGCAAGGACGUGGUGGUGGUGGCGUCGCGCGAGGCGCUGAGCGCGCCGGCGCGCGUGACGCUGCCGGAGCCGGCGCCGGCGGCCGGCCUCAUCCUGCCGGACGGCUCCAUCAACUGGGGCUGCCCGUGCCUCGGCGGCAUGGCCACCGGGCCCUGCGCCAUGCCCUUCCGCGAGGCCUUCUCCUGCUUCCACUACAGCGAGGCGGAGCCGAAGGGCAGCGACUGCUACGAGAAGUUCAGCGAGAUGCAGGCGUGCAUGGCCGGCUACCCCGAGCUGUACGGCCGCGACGAGGAGGAGGAGGAGGCGGGGGGGGCGGGGGAGCUGCCGGGAGCGGGGGCGGGGGAGCUGGCCGUCGCCGCGCCGGGUGCUGACCUGCCGCGGGACACGCAGCUCGCCAAGCCCUAGCCGAGCUACCAUAUCUGCCUCCUAAUAUGACGAUAGAUAGUUCUCUGAUGCCAUUCCGAAACUGCGACGUGAUCUUUACCAGUCGAGAAAAAUCAGCAAAUGUUAACACUGACACGAUUUUGGAAACAUAUAUAUGGUAUUUACGUUUUAAGUUUGAUGUGACAAAAUGUAACCUACAAAGGUUUGUCCUACCGUAGAAUGUCAGUAUUUUGCAGGUUUUUCUACUGAUGGAUUGGCCGGGCGGAGUAUACAUAUAUCGAUUUCUUAAUACGGCAAUCCUGUAGUAGUACCGGUGACUACAGUGUUGUCGGUUGUUUCCAGUCCUUAUUUUAUUAGAUAAAAAAUAAGUGUCAGAUUGGUGAUUCGACACUGGUGUCUCUAUUGGUAUACGGCACUGACCGGCAUGUUAGUUAGUUUAGUUGACGGCGGUCACUCGCGGGGAGCGCCCUCUUGUAUUAUGGAUCCGUACUAAAUAUAUUGUUUCGGAACA